AUGGGCAGGCCCUCGAAGAAGGGUUCCAAGUUCAGAGGAAAGCGAUCUUCAAGGUUGUACGUGCGGUUCGCUGUCUUCCUGCUCGUUCUGGCUUCACCAUGGGCUUUCCUUCACUUUCGUCACGGUCGUCCAUCGAACUCAGGUGGAGGAGCAGGAGAUGUGAAAGGUCAGCCCAGCAAGCAAGCUCUCCUCCUCCAGCACAGCAACACCACCUGGGCUGAGAAAGGAUUGACGUCUCACCGAACAUCUGAAUGGAUCACCCGGACUGUGCGAGACACUUUGAGCAGCAUCAAAGGUUUCCAUGUGAACUCAGACGAUCAAGAAUCAGAGUGGAAUGCUGGAGAAAUUUCCUUCCAUGUUGCCAGCAACAACUGCGAUUCGGUCUGCCAGUCUGCAGGGAAGGUUUGUGCUCGAGACUGGUUUGUCUUCUUGGAUAGGUGUGACAUUGCCAAGAAAGUUUUCCCCGAGGGCACAUGCAGCUUUGCUUUCUAUCCAGACAUGCCAUUCUAUGAUAAGACCACAAAAGAGAUCUUUGUCAGCAAAGACACCAAGCUUGACCCCCCGACGUGCGAUGCUGCUCCCUUGGGCGGUCGAAGUGCAGAGCGAUUGUGUCCUUGUGUUCCAACGUCCCAUGCGAGAGCGGCAGCAGAAGUCAAGGCAGAGAAGAAUGUCUUGGAAAUUAUGAAAAAGAUCAUCACUGAACAGAACGCCCAAGAAAGGUUGGAGCGGUCACGAGGGGUCACCAAUGGCAUUGAGCUCGAUGUUUACGGCAAACAAGUCUCCUCGUCCUUGCUCAAUGAUCUUCAGUACGGAAGGGUCUCGUUUCUCAAGAGUAAGAUGGGAGACACGUGUGAAAUGACUUGCAAGGCCUCGUCUCUUAAGUGCUCCAGUCGCUGGUUCCGGUACCUCAACAAAUGUGAGGUCCUCCUGGCCGCAUGGCCGCAGAAAAGCAAUGGAGAAUACUUCAAGAACUGCGGCAACCAGUUCUACGGUCACGACCUGCCCGGCCUCCAGGAGGAGAUGCAGCUUCUGCUCCUCAACAAUGACAUCAACGGAUACCCCAACACCAAGUCGACCUAUCACACAGUUUUCAAUGUCCAGAGCAAGCAAUAUUUUGAGUGGCAGUCCAGAUACAACGUCUUCUGGCACAAGCAGGUUGGACAACCCGGAAAGAUCACCCGCCUGCUCUCCAUGGGUGGCGCUUGGCCAACAGAUGGGAAUCCACAUCCUGUAGGCGAUCAUCUUAUGAAGGAGGUCCCAACGCACAUCGCUCCUCAGUACGACUACAGGAUAGACAGUUACGUUGCUUAUAACAAGCCUCUUUCCAUCACUCACUGGCUGCAGACAACAGAGGGAUAUUACAGCUUCAAAGACGAGAACAGCAUCGAGAUGCAGAUCGCGAAACAUUAUUGCAAGGGCAUCUGCAAACAUUAUGAUCCGAUCGCUGUUCCUGUUGUUAUCCACAAGAACGACCUUGCAAGAUUGGCUCCCCUGGAGGGGCCCAACAAGUGGCCGAUAGAGUGGAACGACAAUCGUUUCACCGUCAACCGCAUCGAGUGGGUUGCUGAGAUGUUCGGCUACGUCCUCGCCGCUGCUCACCUGGACCUCCGUCACGAGAUUAUGGACCUCCAGCUCGUUCCCUCCGUGCACAAGUGA